CAAAAAUAAUCAUGUUUGAUUGCUGUUCCUAACACAAUGUUCCCUUCCAAGGUUCCUUCAUUCAAGUUUUUGUAAAAACCAGACAUACCCCUUUUCAGGAAGCAUAUCGGCUCCAAAAUGAUCUAUUUCUGCCUAAGUGUCUCUAUAACAAAGGCUCUAAUCCGGGUUUUCCUCUAGUUCAAAAAGCUUUUUCCUUCCUAGAAAGGAAUUAAUUUCAUUAAAUGGAUGAUCUCAUGUUACCUGGUUUUAGGUUUCAUCCAACAGACGAAGAGCUUGUUACUUUCUACCUAAAGAAGAAAAUUCAACAACGGGUUCUUCCUAUCGAACUUAUUAAACAAGUGGAUAUAUACAAAUACGAUCCAUGGGAUCUACCAAAUUUAGCGCCCACAGGAGAAAAAGAGUGGUACUUUUACUGUCCAAGGGAUCGUAAAUACAGGAAUAGUGUAAGACCAAACCGUGUUACAGGAGCUGGUUUUUGGAAAGCCACUGGCACUGACAGGCCGAUAUACUCAUCUGAUGGCACUAACUGCAUUGGUUUAAAAAAGUCUUUGGUGUUCUACAGAGGAAGAGCUGCUAAAGGGAUUAAAACAGACUGGAUGAUGCAUGAGUUUCGUUUGCCUUCACUCUCUCCAUCUCAAUCCUCACCACCUAAAAAGAUCUUAGAUAAAAGUCUUCCACCAAAUGAUGCCUGGGCAAUAUGCAGGAUCUUCAAAAAGACAAGUUCCAUGGCACAAAGAGCACUUUCUCACUCGUGGGUGUCUUCGUUACCUGAACAUAAGUCAUCUGAUCUUUACCCCGAGUCUAACCAGCCAUCCAACAAUCCUGACUCACGACUCUCCUCUCCCAACAGUUUUACAGCUCUUGACAACCCCUCAUACACACCCGUGAAUAUGAUCACUUCAAUAGUCUCCCCUUAUUUAAUCCAACAAACAGAUUUUCCUAGAGGUUUCAUGUUUUCAACCGUGGAUAUAUCAGGGCCAAUCACAACGAGCACAUCUGAUGUUGCUCCCAGCUUGUUCAAUUUUGAUCCCGAUGCAAACAGGAUUUCUGAAAGUAUGGGAUUGGGAGGUCCACAACAACAAUUUGACACCUUCUCAAUGAACUCACCACAGGUUAUGCAAGGAAGUAUCGACACCGAGUGGGUAAAGGUGAGGACUGGUGCAUUCCCUUUAAGCUUGCCAUCAACUGUCCCUGAUGAUUGGAAUCUUAAUAUGCCAUGGGAUUCUCCUACAUGUCCUAGCGAGAUGUCAACUACAUACUCUACAAAUGAAUGUCACACUUGAUCAUUAUUAUACUUUCUCAUCUUUUGUUCGGUCUUAUUGUACAGGACUUGAAUUUUUCUUAAUUUUAUGUGUAUAUAUAUAUCAUGUAUUA